AUGGGCCCUCCCCGCAGACAUCCACCGCCAGCGACAACGAUACCGCAUAUGUCCUCACAGUCAUCACUGAACCAGCAAGACACCGACCACGAGGGCGCCCUGUCAGAGACCAGCAAGGCGCCACCUCGCAAGACCAUGACCGCCAAGGACCGAUAUGACUCAAAUCUCAAGGUUCUCAAGCGGCGGGACCCCUCAAUCCAGCAGAUAAUCGACCAAUUCAGCCACGUCUGCAUCUACCACCAUGACGGAGAAAAGUGGUACAAGCACGGCUACGAGGGAAGCAUGUUCUUGUUUGAGAGAGAUUCCUACCCCCCGUACGGCUUCUAUGUCAUGAACCGUGUCGGCAUGGAUGACUUCAUCCAGCGACUGUACCCGGAGGACGACGUUAUCGACAUGGGCAAAGUGUUCAUCAUUCGAUCUUAUCCCGACUUUUUGAGUAACCGCCUCACGAGCAUUCGACUAUCCAAGACGGAAUCCUUGCCAGACAAGUUUUCCGACGUAUAUGCUAUUCCCAACAUCGAGUCGAUCGAGCCAAAAGCGAAGGGGCGGGCGUCGAUCAUUGGACUUUGGAUCCAUGCCACCGACGCGCGCAAAACGAUGGUCGACGUUAUGUGUCGAUUGCACUCAUACAUCAAGAAAAAUUUGCCCUAUCCUGAUCAAUAUCGCCGUGUUCCCGGUCAACAAGAGCUAGCUUCAGCUUCCACCACGGACUCAGAAACCUCCGACUCACGAGCUCGAAAAGUCACCUACGACAGUGAAAAUGACCAUUCCGACGCUCCGUCUGCUUCAAGUGUAGAUAAAUCCGCUUUGGACCACCUCUUCAGCAGACUAUCAAAGAGUGUGGGUACUAACCCAAUGACGUCGACAACCCAUACGACUACGGUCCCGACAUCGCAAAAUGCUGCCUCUCAACCGACCAAUCUAUCUAUGCCGACUGGAAAGGCCCUCCUAGACACCAUAUUCGCAUCUGCAAUGUCCACUCCUGCUUCCCCCACGUCUCCGUCCGCGUACAGUCAUGAUAGCUCUGGCUCUCACCAUCCAAGCACCCUAUCGUCCGUUCUGGCUCCCCAUCCUUCGACUUCUCGACCACAAGUUCUCACUACCCAAGUUCUCUCAACCAUCCUUACCGGUUCUGUCCCCGCCCGAGCACCUUCCGCUGCCUCCACCUCGCGAUCACACCCUAGCGCUCAUGAAGGUGACAAGGAAGACAACGACUCUCGUAGCAUGUUCCUAGAGCCGGACGAAAGCGACCCUGAGUCCCACUCAGGACCCAGCGUUGCACGACUAGCCGGUACGGACCUCUUAAAUACCCUAGGACUGGGCGGACCUCGGCCAGCUCAGAAGAUCAAUGGCGACGUUACACCUCGCCCUCCACUGAACGGCGGCCAACGAACGCAGUACCCUUUCGCCAUUGAGCCCAUCUCGUCAAUAUCGACGGUCCGCGGAGUUCCGACCGGCGUGCAGUCUACCCCAUCGCACCUUCAGCCUGAAAGCAAGCCUCGGGCGAACAGGGCCCUCGUCCCGUUCGAGCCUGAUUCGGAACUUUGGCCGUAUUCCCGAGGAAAUGCCGUUGUGGCAGAGGACAGCUCACCGACGUCAGGCGACGAUGAGAUCGUGGAGCUCAACUUCGAGGAGACGAGUGUGCUGAGCGACCCCGAGGCAUUCAAGAAGGUACUCCAAUCGAAGAGGAGUGCCGUCAGCCUGCGAACAUCGCAGAGCAAUGCGAGCCUCAGCACGAACGGUCAUGGGCGUGUCCACGUCAACGGAGCCUCCCCACCCUCCGAAGAGAAGGAGAAGAGCAAGGGCCGGAGGAACAGGAGGAGCAAGAAGGAGAGGGACGCCAAGGCGAAGGAAGCCAUAGAGCAGAGCUGGGACUUCCCGCCACCUUCACCUGCUGCAUCGAACGCGUCGCAUACUAGCCAGAGCCUCAUGUCGCUCCUUAACGGCGAACCGGCCUCGCCUUCUCCAUGCCCGUCGCCCGAGCUGCCUGCUACGACGCACAAGCCAUCCCAAGCAUCGAUACCGAUACAAGAGAUGAAGACGCCAACCAUGACCGCCCGUGCAACGCUUGCGGGUAAUACCAACACCCACUACGUUAAUGGCAAUGGGCUCCAUAGCGUAAAGGGCAAGGAGAGGGCCGUGAAUGGGUUCGUGAAGCACAAUAGUGCUGGGACUGGGGCGUUUGCGGAAGAGAUGAAGGAAACUUUCUUGGGUGCGCUGGGCGCUCCUGCCCGGCCUAAUGGAAGGCUGGAGAAGAAUGAGUUCGUUCGGGGAGUAAUGGAUCUCAUUCAUGAUGCCGGGUUCAUGGAGAACCUAUAUCAGAGCUACCUCGUUCGCCAUACCUAG